GAGAAACAGAAAAUAAUUCACAAAUGUCUUGAAUAGUUUGUAAACAAAUUAUUAUUCAUCUUUGAACGUAACACUAUUUAUAAUAAUGACAAGUGAUUUUACAAAUAAUAAUUUCGAAUUAAAUUCAUCAACUAAAUGCGAAGUGGAUAAGAACAAUUUACUAGAAAAAUCGAUUACAGAUCAUAAAAAUACGAACAAUUUAGCACCUGAUAAUAUAUUAUCAUUAAAUAAUGGUGAUAAAAUUAAUAAUGAGUAUACAUCGACUAAUUUAAAGUCAUCUUCAAUUGAUCAAACAACAAUUACUUCAAAUGUUCAUUUACCAUUAGUAAAAUUAACGAAGUUAACUAAAAAUAUUACUACAGAAUCAGAUAAAUAUUGUUUUAAUUCAAAAGAUGUUUCAAAAAAUGCUUCUCGUCAUUGGAAAAAUGUUCAAUGUACAAUGAAAGUUGUUUUAGCUACAAUGGAUCAUGUAAAACGUAGACGUAAAACAAAUCAUCAUAUAUCAACUAGAAAAGAUUCAUUUAUGGAUAAAUUUUCAACACAAAGACGUGGAACAUAUACAACUAAUGAAUUUUCAACUAAUUCAUUAAUGAAUGAAUUAUAUUCAUUAGAUAAAUUAAAUAUACAAAAGAAAAAAAGUGAUGAAAUGAAUCAGAUAAAUGAAAGUGAAGAAAUAAAUUAUACUAAGAGUUAUAAAGAAAUAAAUCCUAUUGAAAAGGAAUUAUUAUUACAAACUUCAAAUAAUAUAUCAUCAUCUAAUAAUUUAUUCUAUUUAAAUACACCAAAUAAUUCUUAUACAAAUAAUUUAAACAAUAACAACAAUAAUAAUUCAAUAGAAAACAAUAAAAUUAAUAUAAAUAAUGAAAGAAUAAAUAAAAAAAAUUCUAAAAUUUUAUUUAAUUAUAAACAAUUAUAUUUUUCAAUUAUUUUUCAUCCAAAUAAUACAAGUUAUAUAGUAUGGUUAACAUUUGUAUCAUUAGCAUUAUUGUAUAAUUUAUGGACACCGAUAGCACGUCAAGCAUUCAAUGAUAUUCAAUCAAAUUAUCAAAUAAUUUGGUUAUCAUUUGAUAUAAUUGCUGAUAUAAUUUAUUUAAUUGAUAUAUUUGUUCAAUGUAAUACAAGUUAUUUAAAAUGUGGUUUAACAGUAAAUGAACAUAAUAAAUUAAUUAGACAUUAUAUUAAAUCAUAUCAAUUUUUAUUAGAUAUUAUUUCAUUAUUACCAUUGGAUAUAUUACAAUUUAAAUAUGGUAUACAACCAAUGUUACGUUUUCCAAGAUUUUUUAAAUUAUAUCGAUGUCGUCAAUGGAAAUUACGUGUAGAGAAUAGAACAAUUUUUCCAAAUUUAUGGAGAGUAUUAAAUUUAAUUCAUAUAUUAUUUUUAGGUUGUCAUUGGUUUGCAGCAUUCUAUUAUCUUUUAUCAAAAUAUGAAGGAUUUAAAAGUUCAUGGGGUUAUCAACCAUAUAAUGAUAUUGAACAAGUAACUAUAUCAAGAAGAUAUUUAAAAUCAUUUUAUUGGGCAACAUUAACAUUGACUACAAUAGGUGAUUUAAGUUCACCAACUAGUAGUAUAGACACACGAGGACAAAAAGGUUCAGUUUCAAACUUAUGGCUAACCUUCACAAUAGUGUCUUACCUCAUUGGUGUGUUUAUUUUUGCAACAAUUGUUGGUCAGGUUGGAAAUAUCAUCACUACAAGAAAUGCACAUCGUACAGAAUUUGAAAAAAUCUUGGACGAUGCAAAGAGUUAUAUGCGUGCAAAUUCUGUGAAUGCCGAUCUACAAAAACGUAUCCUUCGCUGGUAUGAUUAUGCAUGGUCAAAAGGAAGUGGACGAGGUGGUCAAGACAUUAAUUCAUUGGGAAUGUUACCAGAUAAAUUAAAAACUGAACUUGCACUCAAUGUAAAUUUGGAAACAUUGAAAAAAGUGACAAUAUUUCAUGAAUGUAGACCAGAAUUUUUACAUGAUAUUGUCUUAAAAAUGCGACCAUUGGUGUUGACACCCGGAGAUUUAAUCUGUCGUAAAGGUGAAAUAGCACGUGAUAUAUACAUCAUUGCAGAUGGUGUAUUACAAGUUCUAAAUGAAGAAAACGAAGUACUUUCGACAAUGAGUACAGGUGACUUUUUUGGUGAAAUUGGUGUACUCAAUUUGGAUGGAAUUAAUCGGCGAACUGCUGAUGUUCGAGCUGUUGGUUAUGCUGAACUCUUUGUCCUGUCACGGGAUGAUAUAUUGAAGGCAUUAAAAGAUCAUCCGGAAGCUGAGAUUGUUAUGAGAAAGCAUGCAGCAAGACGACUGGGUGAAUCACGUCAUCGAAGAUCAGGUAAUACACUAGGAAGAAAAUCACCUUCUGGUAGUUCUUCCGCCUAUUCACCAACACUUUCACCAGUUUCACAAACGCAAACAAACUCCUUUUCAAUAGGAAAUAGUUCACGAAGUUCUGACAGUACAACAAAUAAUCAAGGAGGGCUAAGCAGAGAAACCUCACGGUCAUUUACAAAUCCAGAUAACUUUAAACAAAUGGAUAGGCUUUCUUGUCUGCGUAGAACAACCGGCAAUAAUGUGAAUUUAACAGAAACGUUGUCCAAUAACCCCUAUAAACAGACCAACAUGAUAACAUUGGUUGAUGCUUUGGAACAAUUUACAGAGAGAUGGGAUAACAUACUGACAUCAUUGGCUGAGAAUCAACGUAAAGAGUUGCUUAUAUUGAAAGAAUAUUUACUACAAUAUGAAGUUAAUCAGAAUUCAGUUUAA